AUGGCAGAUGCGCUGUCAAUCUCUACUGGCAUCACGGGGUUAUUACCCUUGGUCAGGGAGGCCUUUGUGCUGCUUCGAGAUACCUUCGCCUCUGAUCGGAAAUGGCGACUCUACCUCGGAAGACUAGAGCUCCAGACACUGGUCUUCCACACAUGGAAUGAUCACUGGAAGGGCUCAACUGCACCACUUGACCACAAGCUCAAAACCUUCACCGUCGCUAGUCCAUUGGCAGCCAGGGGGAUUUUCCAACAGUUAGUCGUCUUCUUGCGGACGUUUUCUGAUCCCGAAAGAUUGGAGAGAUAUGGGCUAGCAAUAGAGGGUCGCAGACGGGAGGACUUAUCGAGGGAGCUAUUUUCCGUUGCCCAUUAUCUCAAGAAGAUCGAUUCCAGGUUUUCGACCAAGGAUCUCACCAGCUUCGACCAGGAUCGUUUACGACACCUGGACUUCCUCCAGCAGAAGGCUCGAUAUGCCUUGAUCAGCGAGGGUAGUCCUUUGGAUGACCUGAUAGAACGGCUAGAUGAUCUCAACAGAAUGCUCCAACUGCUCACGGCCCCAAUUAUUACGGAAGACAUGGUCACACGCAAGGUUUUGGAAUCAGCAGUCAAAGACAUCUGGGCAGAUACAGACCUCACAAGACGGCUAGAAGAGGCUGCGACAUACGAAAUGAAACAUUCAAUCGAUCCAACUGCGAAGGCCAAGUACGACGACCUGUCCAAGUUCGCCAACUUCAGCCUGGCCGUCAAGUCGGCUACUCCUGACAUCCCCCGAAAGAAGAUCUUCAGCCGCUCCGAAUUCUCCUUCGACUCGCCCUACGAGAUCAGCCCCUAUGCCACACUUGCUCGCCUCUUCGAUUACCCGAUCAAGCUCCAAUCCCGUCUCGUUCUCGUCGAAUGGCGGCGAAUCAGACGAUCUGAACCCCUCAUGGAGAGCCUAGACAAGAGCAAAAUGACCUGGUUCGUCCUCCACGUCGAGAAACCCGACCGCAUGCUCCUCCCCCCAGCCAUUGGUUACAUCCUUGACGACGCCGACCCUCGCAAUGUGGGCUUUGUCUACCAACUACCAUCCCAUAUCCGCGGCAAUCUCCCCACCAAACCCGUCAUGCAUGGCGACUUGGUCCAACGUGUCGUGCGCUCUCCCAAGACCAUCGCCGCUCAACGCAUGCCAACUACCUUGCGCCAACUCAUCCUCAAGCGCGAGCCAUCCGGCAUCGACCUUAGCAUCCGCUUUCAGCUCGCCAAAGCCCUUCUCGACGCAGUCCAUCUCAUCCACGCAGCAGGCUGGCUACACCGUAACAUCCGCCCGGACAACAUCCUCUUCUUCCCCGCCGUCAACCGCAUGGGCGAGCCCGACCCAACCACACUCGACUACAAUCGCCCCAUGCUUGUCGGAUUCCACGACGCCCCCUUUGCAAUCGAAUUCAUCCCCGAUUCGUCUCAGGCUACAGCACCUUACACCCAACCAGAAGGCCUCAAGCCCAUCCUCAAAAAUUCUCCUGCCACCCGCAAACUCCAGCCCCGCGAUGUCGUCGUCGAAAGCUACAACCACCCCGAGCGCCGUCUCACUUCCUCAUUCCUUGUUAGCCCCUUUCCUUCUAGCCCAUCCAGCACAGCCGCCACGAUCGUAAGCACCAACAACAACGGCAGCCUCGUCAUCAAGCCCAGCCUAGACUCCCUCGCCUACCACAGACAGCAAUGCGCGUAUGAUCUGUACAGCGUGGGCUGUGUGUUGCUGGAGCUGGGGCUAUGGACGACGCUGGACCAUCUGGGUGGGAGGGAGAUUCCGACGCGGGUGUACCACGCGCUGGCGGCGGUAGAGAAUCGGGGCGGGGGAGAGCUGUCGGGGAAGGAGGUGGAGGAUUUGGUGUGGAAGGAUGUGGAUACUAUAAGGAAGGCGACGAAGGGAUUGGAGGUGGCUACCGGGUCGGUGUAUGCCGAGGUGGUGAAGAAGUGCUUAUUCAUGACGCCAUUUGCUGGCGAUAUUCUUGAGCUUGAAAAGCAGUUAGCUGGUGCACUGGCGCAGAUCCGUGCCUGA